AUGGGUUUAGUUAAUAAAAUCGUUGUUACAAACGCAGAUGGUUUUGAUAAAACUUUGCAAGAUUCAUUAAAAUCUAAUGAAACUGUUUUUGUUCAAUUUAUUUCAAGUAUCGAUAAAACCACUUGCUCAUUAUGGUGCAGAGAUUGUCAAGUUUCUGAACCAAUUGUAAAUUCAGUUUUCGAGAAUUUACCAAAAAAUAUCACCUAUAUUGAAUGUCAAAUUGAAAGAGAAGGUGGAAACCCAAAUCAUCCAUAUAGAACAAAUCCAACAUUAAAAUUAACAGCAAUUCCAACUUUAAUUGUGCUUUUAACAAAGGAUGGCCCAAAACCAAAAACUUUAGUAGAAGAAGAUUUAGCAAAAGAAGAGAAUGUUAAACAAUUUGUAAAUGAAUAUUUAUAA